ACGGUGAGCGCGUGGCUGGCUCCAGAGAACCUUGGUGAGGCUGAGGAGCGACUCCACUUGCGUGGUGUCCAGAGAAGCGAAGAGCGGCCGGGCGAGACCGAGGGACAGGCAGACAGCCCUUGCUCAGUGAGGAUUUAGGCUUUUGGCCUUUCUCUGAAGGAUGACAGUGCUUCUGUUUGGUGUCUGGGCCCUGCUGGCCUUGAUUCCUUGCCCAGGGACCACAGAGUAUCUAUUUGAGGAUUCUGUUUGGCCAAAUCAGACUCUUGUGGGGUUUGAACAGUCCCUAGUGGUCAACUGCAGUACCACCUGCGCAGACCCUGGACCCAGUGGAAUCGAGACUUUCUUAAAGAAAACCCAGGUGGAUAAAGGGCAUCAGUGGAAGGAGUUUCUCCUGGAGGAUGUCACAGAACUUGUCCUGCAGUGCUUCUUUUCUUGUGCAGGGAUCCAAAAGGAUACAAGCCUUGACGUCACUGUGUAUCAGCUGCCAGAGCAAGUGAUCCUGGAGCUGCAGCCUGACUGGGUGGCCAUGGAUGAAGCCUUUACAGUGAAGUGCGUUGUGCCUCAUGUGGCACCCCUGGAGUAACUCACCCUUACCCUUUUCCAGGGUAACCAAGAACUGUACAGAAAGAACUUUGUGAGCUUGGCUUUGGCCUCUCAAAGAGGGGAGGUCACCAUCAGUAUCAAAGCCCAGAGGGAGAAUGACAGAUGCAAUUUCUCCUGCAGUGCAGAACUGGAUUUGAAUUCAUAAGGUGGAGGGCUCUUUCAUGGCAGCUCAGCCAUCAAGGUACUCCGGAUCUCUGAUGAGUCAAGAAGCCCCCUGAUCUGGGUCUCUUCAGUUCUGGAAGUUGGGAUGGCAGAGCCUGUGAGCUUCGAGGUGGCCAGGGUGUUUCCAGCCAAAGAAGUUAUAUUCCACAUGAUCCUGGGAGACCAGGAGCUGAGCCCCUUCUUCUCCUGGAAGGGAGACACAGUGUGGGCCAAUGCCACUGUUUGGGCCAUGGAGACUGGUGACCAGGAGCUGUCAUGCUUUGUGUCUCUGGGUCCAGUGGAACAGAAAACAAGGCAGCUAGUGCAUGUCUAUAGUUUCCCUCCACCAGUCCUAGAGAUAGAAGAAUCACACUCCCUGGCAGGGACAGAUGUUAAUGUAACCUGCUCAGAGCAUAAACUAACAUCACCCAGUCCUACUUUUCGGCUUGAAGGAGCCCCAGAUCUCCCUGCCCCUGGGGAACCUGCCUGGCUUCUGUUUACUGCCAAGGAGGAAGAUGAUGGCCGAAAUUUCUCCUGUGAGGCCUCUUUGGAGGUGCAGGGUCAGCGACUGGUUAAAAUUACUGUGAUUCAGGGCCAGGGAUUUAGCUCAGCUGUUUUGACGCCUGCUGCGCAAGCACAAGGACCCAAGUUCAAUCCCGGAAAAGGGCACACAAGAGCUGGCUUCCUUGAGGGAUUCAUUUUUUUUGCAGACAAUCCCAGGUUAGAAGAAUCUGGUUGCCCUGGCAAGCAGACAUGGGUAAAAGAGGAGCAGAUGCUUGCUUGUGUCCCAGAGGGAAACCCAGCUCCAGCUUUAGUGUGUACCUGGAAUGGGAUUAUCACUGACCUUGAAGUACCACAGAAAGCGACCCAGAACCACACUGGAAUCUACCGCUGCACAGCCACUAACCAGCUGGGCUCUGUAAGCAAAGACAUUGCUGUUAUUGUUCAAGGACCCAAUGAAGGAAGCAGUUCUACCAUCUUCUUCAUUAUUAUUGUCCUCCUUGCAUUGGUUAUAAACAGAACAGCACAGUAUUAUAAUUGUUGGCCCUGCAAAAUAAAGAAGAGGAAAUUGCCUUAUUGGCAGAAAGAGCAGAACAAAGCGGAGGAAAACCAGUUUGCUGUUCAACAAGCAGAAAUGUGCAAUUCAUAUAAUUUUUGUCUAGAAUCAGGUCUUUGGGUGAAUAAGAUUUCUACUAUUGGAGUUUCCCAAGGAGGGAAGAGUGGAUCAAGGAAAAAGGAAGAAACAUUGUGAGACUGCAUUACCCUUCAUGUUCUGCUGUUCAUGUUCCCAUGUCCUGUGUGUCCAAUCCAUGCACACGUUUUUCUGAGUUUAUUCCAGUCAGUAGGAAUUUUAGUUCAGUGUUCAGCUAGUGAGAGGACCUUUUUCUCCUUGCUAUGUGCUUAGUCUGUUCUUAGAUUAAAAAAGAUUUUGCAAUGGCCUCUUCAUUCCCACUGCUCUCUUCUCAAACAGACUAAAGAGGUAAUCAGGAAUAUUUUAGGAGUACAGUUCACUUCUCAUGGGUUCCUGAUGGCUAAAUGGGAACUAAUUUCUUAGUCCAGUGACAGAACUUCAAAGGGGCUACCAAUCAAAGGGCUAGGAAUCAGAACUCUGUUCUUAUUCCCUUGCUCCCCUAAGCUAGGGUUCUGGAAUGCCAGCUCCCAUAGCUGAGCUUGAUGAAGCCAUGAGGGGCCAGUGGUGGUUAUGUCACCAGACAGAGUCUGAGGAAGUCUCCAAAAUGGAGAUGGGGAGCCCAUGGGACAGGUUGCAGGUUCACUGACUUCCAUCACAGAAAAAGAAUCUUGGACCGGGGAUUUAGCUCAGUGGUUCUCUUGCCUGCCUUGCAAGCGCAAGUUUCCAAGUUCAAUCCCUGGUACCAAAAAACAAAAACAAAAGCAGAAAAAGAAUCUUCAGGAGACAUCAGUAAGAUGCAUAAAGGGAUUUAUUAGGCAUAAUCUUUAAAGUACAUACUCAAAGAAAUAAAAGUGCAGGCCCUCAAGACAGAGGUGUGCUAAUGGCCCUGAGCUGGGUAUAUUUAUGGGGAAUUUAGGAGUAGAAAUCUAUAGAACUUGUGAAUCUAUGAUGAGAGGAUUCAAUUUAUAGCUGAAAGGUGACAGCUCUUUCUGCAGGGGGAGGAUGUGGUGGCUCAUUCAGAUAGGGUAGCGAUCAGCAAUCACUGGUGACAGAGCUGCAGCCCAUCUCCAGGGAAAGGCCAAUUUUACAGGUGAAAAGAGGUGAUUUAUUUAUAGGUAACAGACCCAUCUACAGGUAAAAGGGAAUGGCCCCAGUUCAUCUGCAGGUAUAAGGAAAUGGCCCAGGCUUAUUAUAUCUUGGGAGAAAAUUUUUUAAAAACUAGAUUUAUAUCUUGAAGUUGCAGUUUUCAUUUUUAAAGUUAUGAUUCUGUCUCCUUUCUACCCGUAUUUCUAUCCUACUUCAUCCCGUACCCCCAGAUUUUGAUACUUUAUUCUUAAGGGCUGCAGAGGGGCCUAGAUAUCUUUUUUCUUUUAACUGCAUCAGGUUGAGAUGGGGCUGACCUUACCUAACCCAGACUCAAGUCUCAUCUUGACUGAACUAAAAGAUAUAGGAAGAUAGGAUUCGUUAUCAGUAUGUCAUUGAGGCUUAAGGAAGAAUCUGACAUUACAUUAAUUUGUACAUAUAGGUUUUAUAAUGCAGAAGACAUUUGCAGAAUUGUCAGAAAUAUAUACACAACAUUGUUUCAAUAAUAGCACAGGUGAGUGUCAGCAAGACUAGGAGCUGGAGAAGUCUGGAAGAUAUGAGUAUUACAAUCAUGUUAAACAAGAGCCACAAAUUAAAAAUAGAAUGAUGAAUUAUCUUUAAUAUUAACAUACAUGUUUUGAGGUGUUUAAGUACAACAGGUGGAGUAUAAUAUAUAGACUCUUCCUUGUUUUGUUAAUAAGAAAUCUAAUUUUAAAAUUUUAA